AUGACGAACCCGGCAAGGGAUGCAAAGGCUUUGUCACUAUCCGACGAAGACAUGGCGGGCACACUAUACGACUUUUGCUACACAUCAGAGCCACUAUUGAUGCAGUGCCAUCGACUUCUUUCGACUCAACAGCAGCAGCAACAACAGGAGUCAUGUAAUGAACCCAAUCACGAGAUGUCGCAGUUUAACAGCCUCCCGACCAUUGGGUGUCCAUCUUCUAAUGACCCAUAUCAUACGAAACCCAUGCUUUCUCAACGUGACGAGGAAGUGUCGAUGCUAGUGAACAUGAAUGCACCUUCGACGUCCAGUAAUGACUGGCAUCGAAGGCAUCAGUGUGCGAUACAGGAGCAGCUUGAGCAGCAACGGGACUUACGGAUGCAGAUCAACCAGCAGCAUCAGCUAGAGAAACAGAUGCAACAGCAGCAUAUGGAGGUGCAACGUUGGCAGCAGGAACAGGUACAACGACAGCAGGUGCAAGCCCAGCGGCUUAGCCGCCACACGAGCCAUAACGCUUAUAGUUCUUACCACUCGUAG